AUGCAUCUUAACCACCGGGAGGCUCAAAUGAGCAUCACACUGCAAGAAGCCCAGACAAUGGUCGCUGCGGCGAUUGCCAAGGCAGAGGAGCUAGACAUCAAGAUAAACGUGGCAGUCUGCGACGCAGGUGGAAGACUCGUCGCAUUCGCCAGGAUGGACGGCGCGAUCUGGGCCGGAGUCUACGGCAGCCAGGGGAAGGCGGUCGCUUCUGUUGCAUUCGGCAGACCUAGCGGAGAAAUGCAGGAAAGAGCCGGAAGCCCGAUUGUUACUGGCAUUCGCUCAGCGGAAGGCGACCACAUGAUUGCGAGCCUGGGCGGAGUCCCUCUCAUCAGGGAUGGUGCCCCUGUUGGCGCCUGUGGCGUCGGAGGAGGCACGGGCGAAGAAGACGAAGAGUGCGCGCAGGCCGCGGUCGACUCGGUUUCCUGAAUUCGAUUAACGCUAUACACCAGAACCUUGGAGAACUCCUAUGCCUCAAAUGACCGGAAAGCGCGCCCUGAUGGAGAUGUUG